UAUGUAAAUGAGCGCGCCGGGGCAGCCGGGAAGGGAUUGAAGAGCGCGUGCGCAGCCGGACCCUCCCCCCCCCUCUCUCUCUCUCUCUCUGUCUGGCCGCCAUGGGUCAUCAGCAGCUUUACUGGUCCCACCCUAGGAAAUUCGGCCAGGGCUCCCGCUCAUGCCGAGUCUGUGCGAACCGACACGGCCUGAUCCGGAAAUAUGGCCUCAACAUGUGCCGCCAGUGCUUCAGACAAUACGCUAAAGAUAUCGGCUUCGUCAAGCUGGACUAAAUUACAAAAGGAGCAAGAAUGCAUUCCAAUAUAGUGUGAAAUGGAAACGCAGCAUGUGUUGAACAACUUUCUACUGUCUUCACCUGGAAGAAGCAAAUUUGUGAUGCUCCAUUUUUGUAAAUAAAAUCAAAUUGUCCUUUG